UCAAAAGAUUAAGAAUUCAAAAAUCUCAACGGUCAUCUCCAUCUCCUCCCAUCAGCAACAAAAACUUUCCCUUCCCUUGUCUCUCUCACCACAUUCAAAUUCAAAGCCCUCUCUCUUUCUCUCUGAGAUCUCAAAUCCCAUUUUCAAACCCCAAAAAAGAGAAAAAAACAAUGAAAUCAACACCAGAAACCGCCAUUGCCGAGAAUCGCCGUUUCCUGGGGAGCAUUUCGACGUCUUCGCUUCGAAAUUUGCUUCCAAAAUCAAAGCUUAAGAAAAACACCAACAAAAACAAUUCUGAAAACACUCCUCCCCCAGAUGCCAACAUUAUUCAAGUAAGUAACUCCAAAUUGCUUGCUUCUGACGCCUUGAUCAACCCAUCUGACGGUCACCGUGAAAAGUUGCCUCCUUUGGACUCUUCUAUCAAGAAAGAGAUUGCUGAAUCUGAGGGAAAGAAUGGAGAAUUAUGGAAUCUAGAUCCCUCUGUGAGGGUGGUAGUGAGAAUUAGACCCAUAAAUGGUGAAGAAAAAGAAGUGGAUCCGACAGUGAGGAAGGUUUCUUCAGAUUCCUUAUCCGUUGGUGACCGGAAAUUCACAUUUGAUUCUGUUCUUGAUUUAAAUUCCAAUCAGGAGGAUGUUUUUCAGCUAAUCGGUGUUCCUUUGGUUAAAGAUGCAUUAGCUGGUUACAACACGUCAAUUUUGUCAUAUGGACAGACUGGAAGUGGAAAGACUUACACUAUGUGGGGUCCACCAAGCGCCAUGGUUGAGGAUCCUUCACCUAGAAGCCACCAGGGGAUUGUUCCUCGUAUCUUCCGAAUGCUGUUCUCUGAGAUUCAAAGAGAGCAAGAGAACCCUGAUGGGAAACAGAUAAAUUAUCAGUGUCGUUGCUCCUUUCUUGAGCUUUACAAUGAGCAAAUUGGGGAUUUACUCGAUCCAACUCAAAGGAACCUCGAGAUAAAGGAUGAUCGAAAAAAUGGGUUGUAUGUUGAGAAUUUGACUGAAGAAUAUGUUUCUGGCUAUGAGGAUGUAACUCAAAUUUUGAUUAAGGGGCUUUCAAGUAGGAAAGUAGGAACAACAACUGUAAAUUCUAAGAGCUCUCGGUCUCACAUUGUGUUUACUUUCAUCAUCGAAUCUUGGUGCAAGGGAGUCUCAUCAAAAUGUUUCAGCAGUUCAAAAACAAGUAGAAUCAGCCUGAUUGAUCUUGCAGGACUGGAUAGAAACAAACUUGAAGAUGUGGGUAGACAACAUGUACAGGAAGACAAAAAUGUCAGGAAGUCCCUAUCACAGCUUGGAUAUUUGGUGAACACUCUUGCAGAAGAAACUCAACCAGAAAAACCUAAAGAUGCUCCAUGUGGAGGUUCCUGCUUAACACAUAUACUGAGAGAAUCCCUCGGUGGCAAUGCUAAACUCACAGUUAUUUGCAACAUUUCUGCAGAUAACAGAAAUAUUAGUGAAAUUUUAAGCACUCUCAGAUUUGGACAAAGGAUUAAAUCUGUAAGAAAUGAACCAGUAAUAAAUGAAAUACUGGAAGGUGAUGUCAAUGGCUUGAGUGAUCAGAUUCGUCAACUGAAGGAAGAGCUUAUAAGAGCUAAGUCUGAUGUACCUAGCUCAGUUGGGAGUAAAAGUAGAUAUUUUCAAGGGCGAAAUGCAUGCAAUAGCUUGAAUCAAUUAAGAGUAAGCCUUAACUGCUCUUUGAUCCUCCCACGAAUAGAUAACAAUUAUGAGGAAGAGCUUAAUAUUGGUGAAGAAGAUGUCAAGGAACUAUGUCAGCAGCUGGAUUAUUUGCAUAGCUCUUGUGAAACAAACUUGGGAGAACCAUCUGACAAGAGAGGUUCGAUUCAGUCUUUUUCUGUAAAGGAAAGUUGUGAGGGGGACUUGCUGAGCGAAGAUGACAUUCGUUGCCCAGAAGAAACCGGGAUAGAAGAAAUUGAUGUAAAGGAACUUUCAAUCACAUCAAAAACCUUGAAGGCUGUUGAUCCUUCAAUCAGAAAUAGCAUCUCCAUCAGCUCAUGCCAUCGGUCUUCAACCCUCCAAGAGCCUACUUUGUCAGAGUCUCCAAAAAUUGGAAAUAACCCAAGGAAAAGCAUGGCUAUCCCAUCAGCACUUUUGGCCAAUCAGAACAAUGUAUCAGAGAGUUCAGAGUUACGGCAGUCACUCAAACAUAGUGAGCAUAUCAGGUCCUCGUUACAUUCAAGCAAGAUAUUUUCAGGACCAACAGAAUCUUUGGCUGCUAGCCUUCAAAGAGGCUUGCAGAGUAUUGAUUAUCACCAGCGUAGUUCAGCUUCCAACCGAUCUCCAGUUGCCUUCUCUUUCGACCACUUGAUGCUGAAACCUUGUCCAGAAGCAGACAAGGCCAAUGCUCCUGUUGAUGUUUCUUCUACUCCUUUGCUUUGUUCAUCAUGCCAAAGGAAGUUUGACAAUAAUAAGCCCAAUGGGGUUCCGGAUAGCUUGAAGACAUGGAAUGAUGCAGUCAACAACCAACAAACAGAUGGCAAGACCACAGCUGUAGCAAGUGAUUUGGCAAAAGCCACUGAAAGAGAGAAGGCACUUGAAAGUGUUUGUAUGGAGCAAGCAGCCAAAAUUAAGCAGUUAAAUCAUGUGGUAGAGAAAUACAAACGUGAGAGAGGAAAUUCUGCAAUUGAACAUGCACCGGAGUCUCCGAAGAAUGAAAUAAUACCAUUUGAGCAGUCCAACACUGGUGAAAAUGGAAAAGAAUAUUUUGAUAAGAAUGAAAAGGAAGCAAUUCUUCAGGAAAUUCAAACAUUAAAAGGCAAACAGCAGUCAUAUACUGCUGCAUCUCCAAGAAAAUCUACUGAACAGCUGAGAUCCUCUUUGUUGUCACGUUCCAUUCAAUUGCGAAAAAGCGUUGACUGUCGUGAUAACAGUGAGGAAGAACUUGAAAGGGAAAGACGACGAUGGAUGGAAAUGGAAAGUGAGUGGAUAUCAUUGACUGAUGAGCUCAGGAUGGACCUUGAAUCCAACCGCUGCCGUGCAGAGAAAGUAGAGAUGGAACUGACUUUAGAGAAAAAAUGCACCGAGGAGUUGAAUGAUGCUCUUAGCAGAGCUGUCAUUGGACAUGCUAGAAUCAUUGAACACUAUUCUGAACUGCAAGAAAAAUACAAUGAUCUGGUUGCAAAACACCAAGCAAUAAUGGAAGGGAUAGCAGAGGUUAAGAGGGCAGCAGCAAAGGCAGGAGCCAAAGGUCAUGGUGCCCGUUUUGCCAAAGCCCUUAACGCUGAGCUUUCAGCUCUUAGAGUGGAGAGGGAGAGAGAGAAAGAACUCUUGAAAAAGGAGAACAAAAGUCUCAGAAUCCAGCUAAGAGACACAGCAGAAGCUGUUCAUGCUGCUGGAGAACUCCUAGUCAGGCUGAGAGAAGCUGAGCAAGCUGCCUCAGUUGCAGAGGAGAACUUCAGUAAUGUUAAGCAAGAGAAUGAAAAGUUAAAGAGGCAAGUGGAGAAGCUUAAAACAAAACACAAGAUGGAAAUGAUCGCUAUGAGCAGUACCUUGCAGAAAGCAGAUUGCCAGAAUCCAGCACUGCAACCAUAUGAGGAUUCAGAUGUAUACACACAACAGUUCAAUGCAAAUGAUGAUCAGGCUGGGAGGGCAGAAUUUUGGAGGCAAUAUAUCAGAACAUUACUACUAAUUCAGCCAAAGAAAUCAAGAGACCACUACUUGGGUCAAAAUAAAUACAUGUAG